AUGGACUCACCGUUGCCGAGAUCAUUCAGUCCACUAUUCAUUCCCUACGGUCCCACCGUGGCCAACCCUAACAAACAGCAACCAGAAAGGAAGCAUCCUGCUUACCCUAAGCGGAUCAGACCAUACAGCCCAACGACUGUUGGUCUUCCAACAGACCUGUCAUACCUGGGAGAUGACGAACGGGACCCUGCGGUUGACAAAAACCCUCUGCAGGGAAGAAAGAUUGCACGCCCAACCCGUGCCCUCAAGUCAAGAAUAGGCAAGACCGCUCGCCGUGAGAGCCUCCAAAAGCCUGAGAGGACUGGAUAUUUCUCUCCCGAAUCGCAACAGGAAAUCACAGGCUGGACAAACUGUUUUCCACAAGUGCAACAAAAUGUGGAAUCUCCGCCCUAUUUCCUUUCGACCCCCAUACCCCAGGACGGCCUUCCAACGCCACCCUACCCCAUGGGAGAUUUACAAAUCGGUAACCCAGGCGAAUGGCGUCUAUAUCAGGCCAGCAAUGGCUCUAUUUGGGACCCCAAGAGCGUUGAUCUGCAAUCUCAUCCCACGCCCCCUCGAACGCCGUCAAUCGUGAGAAACCUCAGCGGUAAUGAAUCAGAUGAUGGCCACGCGGCAGACAGCGAAACCAUGGACGGGGACCUAUCUGGGAGCCUGCACCGAGUGAGCGAGCACAUACGGCUUCUUCGGAAGACAAGAGCGGACUCUCGAAAGCAAGUAAACCGCCUCAGAGCACAGACUCGCUCUGUAAAUGAGCGGCUCAGACUGGUCACGGCAGAGAACGCUCAGCUAUAUAGGGAUGCUGCUUAUGAACGGGACCAGAGGAUGUUCUUUGAGCGUGUGAUGCAUAAACUGAAUUACAUGGUGGAGCAGGCCCGGGAAGAUAUUGCUAAUGCGUUAAGGGAAAUUGGGUCUCUGGAGGAUGAGGUAGCUCGUUUGAAGAAGAGGCCGUGUGAGUUUGGUGAUGAGGAGGACCGGUCGACGAAGAGGGGGAGAGCGUUCUAG